AUGCCUGAAGCCAUCCAUCUCUAUGUGCCCCAUUGUCCUUUUCAGAGCAGCACCAGAGGUUCUCCACGGACCCCUCCUGGGAAUGGGACACUGGCUGCUGAUUUUUCCCAUCCUGAAGAUACAGAUAGUGACGUGGGGACACACAGAGCCCAGGGCUGGAAGGAAAAACCCCAGAAAUAUACCUCUGAACCAGAAGAUUUUAGUAGGAAGACAAAAGUGCUGUCAUCUCUGGAUUUGAAAGAGAAAGACGGCAAAAAUACAAGGCACCCAGAAGAAAAGCUUGAGCAAGAAUUGAAGGAGGCAAAGAAGAGGCUGGUGCUUUGUACUCAACAGCGACCCUUGUGUGAUUCAAACAGGAUGGACUUAGGUGGAACCAGACCAGGGUAUCGAAACAAAGGAGUGCUGUGGACCUGUGAGGAGAAGGAUGCUGACUGGAAAAAAGAUGUGGUCAAACUGUCUGUUUGUCCUGUGCCUCUCUUAUUUGCAGAUGAUGCUCCACCAGCUUUGCCAGUUAAUACAAAAGAUGCUCUGAGGAGUCCAGAUGCAGUUGCCAGGGAGCACACAGCUGGCCAGCCGAAAUCACCACUGAGGCUCAUAGCCAAUGCUAUCAAAAGGUCCAUUUUGGAGCCUCUAACCUCAUCUCCAGAAGGACUAAAGCAGGACUCGGACAGCAAAGUCAAAGCCUCUUCAGAACAAACUUUCUUCAGCUUUCCCAGUACUCCUGCCUAUUCCCUAAGCCAAAGGAACAGUAACAAUAACAGAGCAAAUAACACUCAGCCACAGCAGCUUAAAGUAGGGGAGUGGGCAGGAGAAUAUUUAGGAAAUGGGAGCCCUUUCUCAAAUCCAUUUAAUUUUUCUGUCGGCUCUGAAGAGAGAUCUCUAAGCAAGGAGGUAUCCUUCCCCGUCUACAGUUCUCACGCCAGGCCUUCCAAGACAACCGGUAUACCUCAGAAAUCAUCUUGCACUAGGAUGGAGGAUGUCCCAGGACUCCUAGAAAAGUUUACCUUUAAAGAGACUCCUCCAGGGGCUCCCAAGGAUGACAUGUUUAUUUGUAAUGAAAAGUACCUCCUUCUUUCACCUCCAGAGCCCAAGAACACCUCCAAGGACAAUCUGGAUGACUCUGCACAGAAGGGUAGUCUUGGGUUGCUCUUUGAUAGACUGAGAAGUAAAGUUCAUGACAGAGAAAGGAAUUCCUUUGUGUCAUCUCUGCCUUUCAUGAAGGACCGUUCUCCAGAAGACAGGCUAUGUUAUCCUUCCACAGGAUGUGAACACCUACCUGUCAGAAAACAAGCUAUCGAGUAUUCUACUUCUUCCUCCGAUGACGAAUUUGAAUCCAAGCAUUCGUUAACACACAAGGCAAAAAGAGCUCUCAGAAGGAGAAGGAAGCAGGAGAAGGAGACAAAGCAAUUGAUUAAGCAAGAGGAGCUGAAGAGGCUUCACAAAGCACAGGCAGUCCAGCGCCAGCUAGAAGAAUUGGAGGAAAGACAAAAAGCUCUGGAGAUUUUCGGUGUCAAACUGGAGAGAGAACUAAGAGGAGAAUCAGAUUCAGGCAUGAAGGAUGAAACUCAGAUGCUACAUGAAUGGUUUCAGCUGGUCCUGGAGAAGAAUAAAUUAAUGCGUUAUGAGUCUGAACUCCUGAUUAUAGCCCAAGAGCUAGAACUGGAGGACCACCAAAGCAGGUUGGAACAAAAGCUGAGGGAGAAAAUGGCCAUUGAUGACAGCCUUAAAGAUGACAUGGAUCUGAAUGAGGAAGAUGAAAUUUUUACUGAGAUGAUGAAAGUGGUUGAAGAAAGGGACAAACUCGUGUCUACCUUAGAGGAGCAGAGAGUGAAAGAAAAAGCCGAAGACCAGCACUUUGAAAGCAUUAUAUUAUCUAGAGGCUAUCAGCUGAGCAGGAUUUAA